UGGCAGGCCACACGGAGCUGGGAGCAGCUCCAUUUCGGUAAUGGAUCCCGUGGCCCAGGGCCUCGGGUGACCCUCUGCCCAGCUCUCCUCGGGGCGGACCCAGUGCUGGGGCCUCAGCAAACCUGCCUCCUGGGGCAGGGUCUGGGCCCGGCUUCCCCCUGCCAAUGAAGCCCAGCUCCCAGCCCAGCCCAGCCCAGCCCAGCUCAGCUCCCAGCUCAGCCCAGCCCAGCUCCCAGCCCAGCCCAGCCCAGCCCAGCUCCCAGCUCAGCGCAGCUCAGCCCAGCUCAGCUCCCAGCUCAGCCCAGCUCAGCUCCCAGCUCAGCCCAGCCCAGCUCCCAGCCCAGCCCAGCCCAGCUCCCAGCCCAGCCCAGCGCCCAGCUCAGCCCAGCUCAGCCCAGCUCAGCUCCCAGCUCAGCCCAGCCCAGCUCCCAGCCCAGCCCAGCCCAGCUCCCAGCUCAGCCCAGCUCCCAGCCCAGCCCAGCUCCCAGCCCAGCCCAGCUCCCAGCCCAGCCCAGCCCAGCCCAGCCCAGCCCAGCUCCCAGCUCAGCCCAGCUCAGCCCAGCUCAGCCCAGCUCAGCCCAGCCCAGCUCCCAGCCCAGCUCAGCCCAGCCCAGCUCCCAGCCCAGCCCAGCUCCCAGCUCAGCCCAGCUCAGCCCAGCUCCCAGCUCAGCCCAGCUCCCAGCCCAGCCGAGCUCCCAGCUCAGCCCAGCCCAGCCCAGCUCAGCCCAGCUCCCAGCUCAGCCCAGCCGAGCUCCCAGCUCAGCCCAGCCCAGCCCAGCUCAGCCCAGCUCCCAGCUCAGCCCAGCCGAGCUCCCAGCUCAGCCCAGCCCAGCCCAGCUCAGCCCAGCUCCCAGCUCAGCCCAGCUCCCUGCUCGGGGGAAGGAAGGGAGGGCCCAGGGACCACAGGCCCUGCUCUCCGAGGGGCCCACGUGGAGUCAGGGAAGUUGAGGCACCCUCCUUUUCAUCUCCUAACUUUCUGGCCUCCGGGGCACCUUCUGUGUUUAGUGUCAGAUCCAGAAGAAAAUCUAGGUGAAGCCAGGAGACACAAUGCCGUAGGUAUUCAUAUUAUUAACUAGCUAGUAUUAAUUAUUAUUAGGCUUUAGGGCUUAAGGUGUAUGUAUCUAACUGGUCUGUUUAGGGCUCUAGGCUUUACGUGCAGCUUAGUAAUAGUAAGGGUGACGUGAAUAGCUCUUCCCAAGCACGGGCUCUGGGUCAGGCCCCGUGCAGUUGACAUCUGGUCUUACCGACCAUCGCAUGGACGCCUCUCCAAGGUGGAUCGGUUUCCAGCCUCCUCUGAGCAAAGCCGCAGGCGAGAGUCCGCAAGGUAUGUUUAGAGGCCGCUUGGGAGAGUAGGGGGUUGGGCUGCGAGCCGCAGGCACUGCCAGGGCAGGAGGGACCUGCCAGGGACAGAAUUCACAGGUGAGCUGGCUGAGGCCCAGAGAAACGGGGGGACUCGUCCACGGUCACAGUGGCUUGUAGAACUGGAGCCAGAAAUGGUGUCUUGAUUCCCAGACGUCACCCUUCCAUUUACAAGCCUCCAGAAUAAACCCCAAAGGGAUUUACGUACAACUCAAGCUCUCCCUCUGGUGUGCCAAGUCCAGACAUUUACUGAGAUUUUCUUCUAUUUCCUAACACUAAACACCGAGCAGUGCAUACUCCCCACGGAGAAAUCAUUACUUCACAGACACGCACCAAAUAGCCAUUGAUUUGUUCAUCCUUUUGUCCCAGCGUGUGCGGUGUGCGGAGGAUUUAGUUGAGAAAGACGGCCAGCCCUGCCCUCGUGGGGUCUGCAGUGUGUUAAGGAGGACCAGUCACCCUGGGAGCUGGGGCUGAGGUGCCCAGAGCGCGGGGACCUGCCGGAGCGCGGAGGGCGCCUCACCCAGGCUGAGCUUGGGGCCAUCCUCCCAGGGGAAGCGAGAUUUUGGCUGAAACAGCUGUACCCCUGAAACUAACACAGUAUUGUAAAUCAGCUAUUCUUCAAUUAAAAAAAAAAAUGAAAAAGAAAAAAUUUUGGCUGGACCUUA